AUGAAAAAAGAUGUCCAGAAUCCAGAUGAUACAAACUUUGAAAGUAUGUACACAUUUAUAUCCAGAAAACUGUGCUCACCACAAACAUUUGUAACUAUCUAUGUACGAUUUAACUCAUUAUUCUUUCUAUUCAACUCUUAUUUAGUAAUAUUAAAUAUCACUAAUCAUUAUUUUAUUUUUAUCAGUGCUUCACAUUUUAGUUACCCAAUCAUAUUGUUUUAUCUUUCACUUUUUCCAUUAGUUUCCAAUGGUAACAGGCGUGAGCCAGCUGAACUGUCCUUUCACUCAGUUACGUUCGACGCACAGACAAGUACCAGUACAGGUGAUGGAUGUGCCUCUUUACAGCUUCAUUUCAUCGUUUCGCAAACUAUUUUAUUCUUCUUGUUAUUUUCAACAGCAGUAAGGAAUUUAAAAUUCUUAUAUUUUAUUAUUACUAUGACUAUUAUAUUUACUUUUAUUAUAUCUGAAUCUGAAAACAAAACAAUUAUAAAGAACAAGAAUAUAAUGCACCAAAACUUAAAUAACUGGCCACAGGAAAGUUGACAACAAUGAAGAUCAAAAAUCUUAAUCCAAAGUUUUGACAAUUACUAUAACUAUCACUAUAAUAAUAAUAAUAAUAAAUAAUAUUAUUAUCAUAAUCAUUCAAUGAUUCAAGAAGGAUCAUUAAAUCCAGAAUACCUUAAAAAUGAUUAAACCAUAAUUUGCAGAAUUGGGAAACAGACCAGGAACCAAUUCAAAUGAUGACCUUGGGGCUAAACCACAUGGAAUUCAAAGAAGUGAAAGUGAGCGACCAUUGACACCAACAACAAGAAAAAAGUUGUUAAAGAGCUCCUACAGUCUUCCUGGCCUUAUAGCUUUGAAACCAGGUUAAGUACAUGCCACAGAACUAGAGAGAUCCUUAAACUGUAAAAUAGAUAUUUUGUUCCUUUAAGACAUAGAAUUUGCUCCUGCAAUGACUUAUCACAGAGUUGCAAAUAAGUCUGUGAACAUCACUGUCCAAGCAAGGCUAUGUCAUCCGUGCAUGGUCACCUCCCAUGUUUUGCAUUCUGCACUAAGUUACCAACAACCCUUACAUAUUAUAACAUAACAAAAGUAAAGCAUGUGCUCUGAUUGGUCAGUUAGCCAUCAACCAUUUGUCCAUUGGUGCACGCCAAUGAAAAGCUAGCGCAGUAAAACUGAACCAAUUUGAGAAAAUCUCCUUUCUUGUAAGGUCAAAAAUGCAUGAGUAAAAUAAACAAAUGAAAAGUAGGAGUUGAAAAAGUACUUAGUUGUGGCUUUGAGGGAAAGUGGAAAGAUCAAGUGACAAGUUUGCCUUGAAGUACUUCAUCCUUGUUUACUUUGUGGCGGGAACAACCGAGUGAGCAAAGUUUUUACAGGAUUAAGGUACUUUUUGUACUUAUGGUGGAGAAAAUUACAAUUAGAAUGGGAAUGCAUCAAUUAGCAUAUUGUUUCAUUAAAAUUUCAGCAAAGUCGAUGUUAAAUUCAAGCAAAUAUUUUAGGAAAUGCACUCAGAUUGGAGACAGUUUUCUUGUGUAGCUUUGGUCUAAUUUUAGUCACGAGUACAGACAAACGCUGCUGGAAUUGUAGUGCGAAUUUCAUUUGAGAACAGAAACAUUUGGGUUUUCAAAUAAAUUUUUCAAAAAAUAACUUCUCUGCUUUUAUUUUGUUCGUGUUCAUUUAUAACAGUAGUUCAAAGGACGAUUGUAAGACAACAGCAUCUAAAGUGCUCAUGGCAGCAUUGCUUCAGCGCCGUCUGUGGUGGCGAAUGUUUGCUAUUGCCAACUUUUAAGUUCCAUUUCCUUGGACAAGUUUCAAUAUGAAGCUAAUUGAUUUCUUUAAAAAUUUAAGGUUACCUGUUAUCCAAAGAGAAUACAGUCAAUUUUUCUUAUUUCUACUUUAAUUAAGUUAACUGCAAAAGUUGUCACACAUUUUAUUGUACUUUGCACAGUUUUUGAGUUGGUGUUCAUAGUUGCAGCUAUAGUUUUCCCUCAGAGCAUUUACCCUAAUAUCAAGAUGCCAUUCAGAAUAACAACAAAAAACGUUUUGCAAUUUACUUUAAGAGAGAGAACGGUUGAUUCAGCAAAAGAAAAAAUUCAAAGACUUGUUUUUGAAAGGCAAGAUUUGUUUAUGUGCAGGUAGAUAAUAGACAGCAUACAUCAACUUGUUUAUGGUAAUGAUGACUGACUAUAAAACUGAAAGCAAAUGGAAAUGUUUCUCUUUUGAUUAUGUUAUAAAACUAAUGACAAAACGUGUAAAUCAUUAAGUGAAUUUAGAAACCGAAUGCGUGAUAAGGAUCUGACAUCUCUUAUUGAUGAUGGAUGCAAAGGAUGUCUUCUGUGUGAUAGUUGAUGUCUCAUCGGAAAUCAUUUUAGCAUUUUAGCACUCAGCUUUAGUAUUUUAGCUAACAAUUUGUAACAUAUUGUAUGGAUUUUUUAUCUACUUAAUUAUUGUAUCUAUUAUAUUUUAACUGUAGGUGUCCCCUAUUAGUAGAGGGCCUGCCCCUCGGCUAGUUUUUCUUUCUUGACACAUAAAUAAAGCUUCUGUCUAUCUAUCUAAAAUGGUAAAUGUUGCAGCUGUGCAACUGUCAAGUUAUGGCUGCCUUUGGAAGGUUUGCUAAGCACUCAGGAUGCUAUAGUUGCUCAAGGGGUACUCUUACACUUUUUUUAAUGCUUAGAAAACUCCUGCAUGCAUCCAUAACUCAAUGGUUGCACGCUACACGUCUACCAUUUCUUAAAUUUAUAACAGCUUACAAUUUCUAAAAACUAGUUCUCACCAAUUGUUUUUAUUGAUAGACAUCCACCAUACUGAAAAUUAAUUAAAAAUUAUAGUAAUUAAAUUCAAUGGUAUCAAAUUUGGAAUUCCUUGUCUAGGGGGACUAGAGGAUUUAAAACAAAAAAAUGACAAACACAAUUAAUGAAAAGCAAUUCGUAAAGGUAAAUUAUCAACACAUAAUAUUGACUGCUUUUAUUUAGAGUUAGGAUUCGACAGUACUAGAUAUAAUUGCCACUAAAACAAUUGUGUUGUAUUAUUUUAUGCUUGAUUUAAAGAAUUUCAAACUAAAGGACAAGAAGCUGUUAAUAUAAAAAUUGAAAAUCACCUGAGAAGAUAGAAAGUUGAGACCUGAAUCUAAAGAAAAAAUGACAUGAAUAAAGCAAACUCCACUGAAAAAGUGUGUAUUGCCCUGAUAUUGCUCUGAUCUGUUUUCUCUAAUCAACUUUUUCUCUAAUCAACUUAUCUGUUUUCUCUAAUCAACUUAAUAUAAAUACCACAAGCACACAAUCAGACUGCAAACUAAAUUUUAAAUACAGUGGAUAAUGUAUAAAGAUCUAUUGCUAUUUAUAUCCUAUUUCAGGGGCAACAGUUGAAAAGGUGAUAAUGCAUGCACAUAGUGUUUACGUAAGGGAAACACUCAUGCGCUACUUAGACACUACUUACACCAGGAAUAAUGAGAAUUGGCAGCACCUGGCCAGCCGUCAAGGGGUUUCUGAAGACCUUAUCAUGAGGUUGAAACUGCUAUCUCCAGAAAGUCGCUCUGAGGCACUGUUUCAGCUCUUGAAAGCAACUUCUCCUGAUUUGUCUGCUGGAACUCUGAGAUGCCACCUCAUGGAUCUGCCAAUGAAAAAUGUGCUAGAGUGCAUAAAGGAUCUCCAUGGUAAUUUACAGUGAGAUGUAAAAUAAAUCUGAUACUGCUACAUAACUGAACGUAAAUAAUGAAGGUUUGGCUGGAAAAAGGGCCUAAUAUUAUUGUUUAUAUUUUCGCCGACAAAAAGAAGUUGACUUUCAGUACACUAACUCGUCUUAACAUGUAUCAAACAUAAGCUAAAGUUUAUCAUUGCGGCUUUGUCAGCCACGCUUGCAAAAAUGUUAAACCCGCAGUAUUUUAAUAUUUAAAAAUCAACUCAAUAUAACAUUAUUCAAUAAUGUUUAGCCAAGUUAAUUUUGGUGUAGCAAAAUGCUGGUUUAGGUAAUAUGUCAACAUAAUUACAUUGUUAGCCUAUGAAACCACCUGCUUCUCAUCACAUCCUAUACUGUUCACAGUCCCCUAUUUUUUCGUAAGAUUGUCAGGAUCGAGAGCUUACCAGUCCAGGCAGCCAUCAUGGUUUCAUAGGUAGCAAGGAGGCAGGUGCCGGAGUUUGUAGCGGUGGGGGAGGGAGGCAAGAAAAAUGUGCUGGUUCUUAUGCUUGCCCGUCUGGAUUAGAAUUGAGAGAUCCUUCCUGAAGUUCAGGGUAUGGGGCAAUCUCAUUCACAGCAUCUUUGUUCUGAAAGCCAGCAUGUGUAUUAUGAGACGAAGAUUCGAGGUACAAGAUUGGGUAGAGAACAGUUCAAUUGGGCAGACAUGUCAUGUUCAAUAAGGGUUAGAAUUGUGUACGAGUCGUGAAGUCCCUUCAUAGUCUCCUCCUUUAAAUCUUCGGUCCGGAAAACCUCAUCGCUAACGACAGACUACUAGCUUCUGACAGAUUUUGUAAGAAAGAUGAAAACCGCUUUUGUUUCGCCCUGGCAUUCUCUUUGAAAGCACUCCUCCAAUUGCAAAGUUUUCAAAAUGGUCGCCCAAGGAAGUCAAAGACUCAAACCAUUCCACUUCAAAUGCAAGGCCUGCAAUGCAAUGUAGACUAUGCAAAAAAUAAACUUGCGAUACAACGAAAAAUAAUUCUCGGCCCAAUUAAAAAAUAAUUCUUGAUACACAUUAGAAAAAUAAUUCCAAGUACCACUGAAAAAUAAUUCAUGGCAUGAAUGAAAAAAGUAUUCCUAUAAUUAAAACAAAAAAUAACUCAUGUUGCUAAAAAUAAUUACUAACAUGUUGAAAAAAGUAUUGUUUAUUUAUGACAAAAAUACACAACAUGUCCAUAAUAUUUGCUGCAGUUGGAUAAAAUUGACUUGCAUUGCAAUUUUAUUGUCAUGAUUUUGACCAGAACGGGCCUUCAUACAUGAGCCAUAUUUUGCAAGUAUUUAAUUUUAUGAUUUUUAUGGAUUUAUAGAGAUUUUUAGAUUUUACAAGUAUUAAAUUUUGUAAUUUUUCCAAAAUCGCAAAAAUUGCAAAAUAAAGUGAGAAUUAAAUAUCUUGCAAAAUGUCCCAAUAAUGGGAAUGAUAAGAGGCACCUACAUUUGCAGGCAUUGUUCAUUGCAAUACAUGAAUUCAUUAAUCUGCAGAAAAACAUGCCCUUCUUAUUUUCCCUGAGCAGUUUAUAAUAAUUAGGAAACUUGGUAAAGGCUACAUUUCUCUUAUGUGAAACUAUUAUUUUACAACUUUUCGUUGAAAUCUCUAAUGACAACAGCAACUAUAUUUUUCUUACAGAUGAUGCAAACAUUGGUGAGGCUAUAGAAGCUGGACAAGUUCCUGGAAGAUUUUUCAUUUUGUUAGAUCAAAGACCAGAAGAAGACUGGAAUAAAUUGGGAAGCAAACUUGAGAUUGAUCCUUCACAAUUAGAAGGUAUAAAGAGUGACUGCGCAACACGACAUCAAAAUCCAGCAGAAGAUGUCAUAGAAAUGAUCUGUGCAUCAAACCCAACAAUGACCACCGGUCAGUUUAAGAUGCACUUGCAAAACAUUGAAAGAAAUGAUGUGAAGAACAAAAUAACUGAACAUGAAGGUAAGCAAGUUGAAUAACAACAUGAUUACACAAAAACAUUAUUAUCUUUAAGAAAAAUAAAAUUUAAAAACAUCAUUAUCACAUGGUCCUUAAUUUAUGGCACAUAAAAAAGCCAAAAACAAUGAUAAUAAUAUAUGCAUUCCCUGGCAUCCAGGGUAUUGGGUUUUGAAAACAACGGCCAAACAGUUUUAUGUUAUCCCUCUACCACGAAAUAUCAAGAAGAGUUUGCCCUACUUCAUGUCAAUCAGAAAUAAAUUCCUUCCACAGUUAAUUUGUCAGCCCAAAAUGAUGAUCCAAAGUAACACGAAAGUUAAAGUAAGGUGAACACGUCUUUUGAAAGCGUUUUAUAGAAAUGACGACUUGUAAGUGUUGUCAAUAACUUUCUACACAAAUUAAUGUCUAUGGUCUAACCACCCCCUCAGUACAAUGCUGUAUAAAACCAAGAUGGCUGCCACAACAAUAAGCGCUUGGUCCUGCUGAUCUUAUGCAAAAAUAGGGGACUGUGAACAGUUAAUACUGAACAGGGUAUAGUUUUCAUAGCCUGUGUUGCAAGCGUUUCCAUGGGUUUUCGGAUCAAAGAACAAGGAAUGAGAGUCAAAGAGCGGGGAGGGGUUGGGGAAGAAAGGAAGGAAGGGCUUGCAGACAAACCCUGGGAAUUUGAAAGCCAUCCACAUGGCAUGUCAUGCCUGAGUGCACACACAGACAUUAAUAUUUUGAUGCUGUUAUCAGCUUUCAUAAAUUGACCAAUAAAAUGUUUGACCUUCCGUGGAGCAGAAGUGAACUUUUGAGGACACAUGUCUUUGUCAAACUAUUUUGGAAGCAGAAAACGGGUGGCAGCAAUGGAGAAAUCUCAAUGAAUCCAAACGAUCAAUGCAGGUUUUGUAAUUGCAGCUUCAAAGUUAAUUUUAUCUUUUUCAUCUGCCUAAAAAGAAGGACUGCAAGGGUGAAGUUUUGAAGUUUUUAAUUUUUUUGAUCCGCAUCCCCGGUAUUUGUAUAAUGCACCUAUCAAUGGAAAUCCCGUGGGGGGGGGGGGGAAUGCGGGCAAUGGGCGGGGAUUUGAUGCCUGAGACUAUCCCCCUGUCGGGCUUUUGAUCGUGCGAAAUGACCCCGGGGUCGGGACAUUUGACUUUGACCGACAGAAGCCUGGUAUUCCUGGUAUAAAUUCAGAAGCGGUUACCAGGUCUGUUCCUCAAGGCUUUCUGAAAGUCAUGCUGUUGGAGAAAGGUAUGAAGUUUUCAUUUGUUUUAAUCGCCAUAAUCCGAUACUUUAAACUGUCUAUAAUGUCUAUUUUAAGAAAGUUUUCAUCUUCAAGUUUCCAUCUGAUUGUAAAACUUGAUUGAAAUCGAAUUCCACCAUGAGAGUCAGAGGAUUUUUUACGAGUCACUGAUCCAACAUGUUGACCGGAUGUUAUAAAGCAUUUUACGUUUCAUUAAUAUUAUAAUAGCAUGGUCAGUCUUCCUGGAGUGAUUUUGUUGUUCAAAAUAAGAAAUGCUAGUGGAGAGAGAAAAUACUUAAUUACAGCGAGUAACUAAACGGAGCUUACGUUAACCUUAAAUAAAAGUAGUAAGAAUGUACUUUUGAAAUGUUCUUUUAUUCGUUUUAUAUAGUAUUAUAGUAUUGUUUGUUUAGAUUUUUUCCCCUGGGGUGGGGUCUCUUUUGACACUUUUGAUUGACCUUUCGUUUCCCACCCUGGGGAAUUUGAUCAAAAAAUUUUAAAAUUUGUCAAAUCCCCACCCCUUGCCCGCACUCCCCUCCCACGGGGUUUACAUUGAUAGGUGCAUAAGGUCAAAGCUCAGCUAGGCAGAUCUAGAAACAAUGACUGCAAAAAACUAAUAUGCAUGUCACAACCUCUCAGCAUGAAUCAAACCUUUGAUCGACUGAUGUCAAUAAUGUUCAACUAGCUGAGCCAAUCAGGCACCCCGUUUGCUGGUGAUAAGAUUUUCAAAAUCCCAGAGUUUGUCUGCCAGUGUUUCCUUCUCCGACCCCUCUUUCUUUGUUUGGCUCUCAUUCCAUUUUUUUGCUCAGCCAAAACUGAAAAUCCUGUAACAGAAAUGCUUGCUAUGUGGGCUAUAGUUUUCAGGGUAUUGAGUCUCUAAUGGAGUAUACAAUUUCACCAUUCACCGUAUUGAACAGGGUAUUCUUUUGGAAUGGAAGCCUUUAAACGAGUGUGAAGGUUGGCAAUUAGCAGUCUUUUUAUGGUACAAACAAUUUUUCUUUUUCAAAGAAUACCAAAUUCCAUGACCUCGUUUUAAUUUUUUUCUUAAAUUCUGUGUGCAAAGCAAAAUGAAGUAGAGACAUGAAAGAUUCGUUGUCUUAAACAUGCAGGGUCAAGGUUUGAAUUGUCUUGGCGGGGAACACUUCUCCACCAAUCAUGCUAAUAAUAUAAAGGAUGUUGGUAAAAAACAAGUGGAAAAUGGCUCAAAGAGCACUAUUGAUCAUGAGUUUAUGGAUGCAGGUCGGGGGUGCUAAGCACUUCAACGACUACAAUUGAGUCACUUUUACUUAACCGCUUACUCUAGUACCCUUGCACUUCUCUUAUGUGCUGAUAGCAAACAUCCCUCGACUUGGUCUGCACUGCCGGCAAAAGCACGACGUGUGAACUGGGCCUCAGAUUCCAACAGCCCGGCGAUUGCAAAACGUACACGUACAUUGGGUCGUUCUUACCUUGCGUUAAAGCUGCUCGAGCCGAGCCACUUUGCUGAAUUUGCAAGGUUUAGCCCAACAUAAUUACGUUGUGGUAAAAAAUUACUUGUGGAGGUCACCAAGGUCACUUAAUCGGUCGCCGGCUUUUCUUCUCGUUAAAAAGGAAGACAUUCUUCACUUUGUUCAGUUUGUUUGAUUAUGUAUCCGUACUUUUUCAAUCCACUGAACUCGAAAUUGCCAGGCCGACAAGGUUGAAAGAGGGUUGAAUGAGGCGAAGAGACUGUUGACGAAAGUGCUUAUUUCACACCCUGGGCGCGGGGGCUGGAAGGUCGAGGGUAGCGUUCCUGAAGGGCAGCGGUGUGUAGCGCCCAACAAAUUUCUCCUUUCCCGCCUUUUUUUUCGGUUCCUUGUUUAAUUGAGGAUCGACACAAAUAAGACCCAUAGGGCGCGAUCCAUUCAACAGAAAUUCCAACCGGUCCGACCGGGAAAAGAGGAACACCUCAAAAGGUGGACCCGUUUUUUCGAAACUUUUCCGGUUGGGCCGAACCGAUCCAUUGAGUUUUGGACCGAAAUUUCCGGAAAGUUUGGUUGAAUGGAUCGCGCCCAUAGAUUCCUUGCGACGUCCCCUCCCUACCCAAUAUCUAAAGAUUGACACUAGGGAUCAUGCAGACCUUUUUGUCACUCGUUCAUCUCCCCCAGGGCGGGAGGUGAGGCGAUCACUUACCUAGCCUGCGUGGCAGGCGUUCAAAAGGGAAGGGAAAGGGAAUUAGGGCGCGAGACCACGCGUUCUCUCGCGCCUAAAACUCCCUUUCACAAAGCUCCCUUUCCCUUCCCUUUAAAACGCCUGCCACGCAGGCUAUCACUUACCCUCCUAAGCCUGCAUAACAGGUUAUUUACGAGCCAUGCGAGGCGAACGCGGCAUUUCGCGCGAAGUAUGAGACGAUGGGAGUAGGAACAUAAAACUUCCCUACAAGUUCUUUUCAAUAUUUCGUCUGUACAGUGGCGGUUCUGUGAAACGGUUUCCUGACCACUAACAGAUUUAUAAAGACAGAACAUUCUUCUCAGACUUCUCAGGCCGGGCCUACCACUAUGAAGACAUAAUAUAUUUGGGCUAACCAGUUUUUGUUUUUUUCCUGCUAGCAGAAGUCUCUCACGGCAAGAGCAAAAAUGAGAGGAAGGAGAGAGACUCUCUCCUUCCUCUCAGUUUUCUCUUACUGUGAGAGACCGAUGUUAUUUGCAACUUUGUUUUUGUGCAAAAAUAAAAAAAAACAUAUGCUCAAUUCUAAAACUGCUUAUCCUUAAGGGAGUAAACGGACUAAGAAACCUUACUCUUCUUCUACUUCUUAUAGCAGAUCUUGAAAGUUUGACCAUUACAGCUCUUCGGGACGAAUUGGACCUCAUGAGAGAGGUCACGCGUAUGCUGAAUGUAGCUGACAAUAAAAGAAUAAAAAACUUCAAGGAUCUUGCAAAGGAAUGUGGCAUUCCCGCAGAAAAAUACAGGAGUCUUCAACCACCCUGCACCGAGAGCCCAACGGAAGAAGUGUUGCAAGACAUCGUGGCGCGUAAACCGUUUUAUACAGUGCGUGAGCUAUUUAUUGAUUUGUGCGAGAUGAACCGCAAAGAUGCGAUUGAGGCCAUUAGCAUCUACUUUGUAGGUAAGGUGUUUGUUCUGAUGACAACCACUUCUAAUGACCGGAUCGUAGCCAAACAAACAUUCUUGCCUAGGUGCAGUAAUAUCAAUGAGGCACCCUAACCCCCGCCCUAACCAUAUAUUUCGAAUGAAUAAAUGGUACCUGCCCUCGGGGGGGGGGGGCACUUGGGUAUUUUCAGGGUGGGUAUGUGCCGCCCGGGACUCCAAAUUGGCAACCCGUUCUAGAAAAAAUUUCCCCUAAAAUUGAUACCCCGUUCUAGAAAUAGGCCAAUUUUUUAUACCCCGUUCUAGAAUUCGCCCUAAAACUAACACCCCGUUCUAGAAAUGGGCCAAUUUUUUAUACUCCGUUCUAGGGUGCAACAAGAGUACAACGGUUUUUGUUAACGCACUGAACCGUAUUUUUAAAAGCAAUCUGUCCUUGAAUGCUUUCAAAUGGCUGCUUAAAAAAGGGGAGAGCUUUCGUGCGUUCGAAAUAUUAUACCCCGUUCUAGAAAACGCCUCUGAAAUGGAUACCCCGUUCUAAACCAGGAGCUUCAAAAUCACGACCCCUUUGGGCGGCACAUACCCGUAUAGGUAAUGUAUGGGAGUACCCCCCCGGGUACCUGCCUCAGUUUACUCUGUGCUGGCUAUGGGCCUGUAAGUAUACACAGAAAGUGUUACGUCUGGGUUGCAAAUCAAAACGGACAUAAAGUGGAACAUGUGCUAACACUGUGCUGAGGGGACAUCCACGGGAAGCUUAAUGCAGGUUUUCUUUUAGUCCUUGGUUAGACCAACCCUAGAAUAUGCAUGCCCGGUAUCGUCGCCCUAUCUAGUUAAAGAUAAGUUGGCAAUCGAAAAAGUACAACGACGAGCAUCGAGAAUCUCUCUCUGUCAAAACCACGCGAGAUGUCACUGAGAUGUCAUUUGAAGAACGAUGUAAAUUGCUAAACUGGAACACACGUCAGAAUCGAAGAGAAUACCUGUCUGUAGUGGAAUGCUACAAGACAGUGUUUGGUCUAAAUGGCUUAAAAAAGGCUUAAAAAGGUGGAUGAAAAUUUAUUGACAUAGUAGCCCAUAUUUUAAUUGUAUAUAUUUUCACCUUAUAUAUCAUUCUUACUAUACCACUUUGUACCUGCACUAAUGAUUCUUACGCGCGUUUUCAUAUAUUUUUAAAGUUCAGUUAGGGGACCUUUUAACCUCGCAGUCCUCGUUUUCAAACAUGUAUCAUGUAUCAUGUUUAUAUACAUAUUUAUUUGAAUAAAGAAGUAUUAUUAUUAUUAUUAUUAUUAUUAUUAUUAUUAUUAUUAUUAUUAUAAAUACGGCGUGGCCCUUACUUUAGGCCCCUUCUAGGCAUAUGCUCCUCAUGUCCGCGCAAUAUGGUCCCGUUUAUUAAACAGAUAGAGGUUUCUCUUCAUUGGUCUUUAUUAUCAUAUCUUCAUGUAUCAACACCGCAUUUUAAUCAUAGGCAUUUUACCGCAGUAUUUUUAUGAAGAGAACUACCUCGUGGAAGUAAUGCGGGUAUCAAUGUUUGGACGGAGAAGGGGAAAGGACCCCCAUAGGUGUGGUAAUUGAACACUUUCUUUAUCCUCUCUCUGAGCAUUUUGACCACAGAUUUUGCCCAAAACGGCAGGUUUUUAACCUCAGAAGAGGAUAUUUUACAACAUUUGACCUAUAGGGUAGGGGAUUUGAUAAAAAAAAAAAUUGCAAAACAUGUCAAAUGCCGCACCUAUGCCCCUUACCUCUUCCCCGGGAGGGGUACUCCUGAGAAUUCUUGGUGGGGGUGUGCGUGGCGGUGUGUCAGACCAAAAAAUGUACUCUUAAACCACACCCGUUGUCAAACUAGAACUCCAAAACUCAUACCCGUUUCCAGACCUGGCCUUUAGGUAGAAAUUGUGUUACCAUACCUAUAUGGCUUAUAUAAGGGAGUACCCCCCCCCCCGACCUCUCCCCGCUCUCUGUCCAAACAUUGAUACCUGCCAUGGCUCUUGUACCUGCAUAACAGGCUGUCCAACCCGUCACCUCUCUAUUUGCGGAUUUUGUAAGUGGUCUUGGAAGGAAAGCAAGUUUUGGGUCUUGUCAAAUAACUGCCUGUGUUGUUCAAUGUCCGAUAGAUUAGGGGAUUCGGGGGGUGGAGGUCCUAAACUGACUUUUUCAGUUUUAUGUGAGUUUCUGCUUGAACCUACUUUCGUUCCUUGCAGAGGAUGAUGUGAAAGCCCUUAAAAGAGAACUGCAGAUCACGCCAGAGUAA